GCGCCGCUGUGGCAGCCAUCUUGGUACAGACGGGAAGUCUCCGCGCUAGUUACCGCCCCCUCGGCCAGUUGGAAACGGAGGAGGCGGUCUCCUCGGGCCUGUUAGCCGGCCUCGCCCAGCCUCCCCUCAAAUAACCUCCACGUUAACGCAUGCGCGGUAGGGCCAGGCUGCUUUUGCAGCAGCCGCGGUAAUCCAUAUUGGUAAAGGUAUAGAUAGGGGACCGGGGCUGAACGGAAUUUCCUGAUCUCGCGGGAGCUAAAGGCGGCACUGCCACGUCCUAGUAAACCGGGAAAGGAGAGGAUACCGGAGCCGCAUGAUGGCCAGAGGCCUGGGGGCCUCCCACAGAGUGGUCGUGGGGCUGCUGACCUGGGCGGCCUUGGGGCUGCUAGUGACCGGACACGAGGGUCAUGGCGACCUGCACGAGGAUCUGCACGAGGACUUCCAUGGUCACAGCCACAGACACUCACAUGAGGAUUUGCACCAUGGACACAGCCAUGCCCAUGGCCAUGGCCACACUCACGAGAGCAUCUGGCAUGGGCAUACCCACCACGGUCACGACCAUGGACAUUCACAUGAGGAUUUGCACCAUGGCCAUAGUCAUGAGCAUAGCCAUGGAGGCUAUGGGGAAUCUGGGGCUCCAAGAAUCAAGCAGGAUAUGGACACUGUCACUCUCUGGGCCUAUGCACUGGGGGCUACAGUGCUAAUCUCUGCAGCUCCAUUUUUCGUCCUCUUCCUUAUCCCGGUGGAAUCAAACUCCCCCCGGCACCGCUCUCUGCUCCAGAUCUUGCUUAGUUUUGCCUCUGGUGGACUCCUGGGAGAUGCCUUUUUGCACCUCAUCCCUCAUGCUCUUGAACCUCAUUCUCAUCAUCCCAUGGAGCAGCCUAGAGGACAUGGACACUCUCACAGUGGUCAGGGCCCCAUCCUGUCUGUGGGGCUGUGGGUUCUUGGUGGAAUUGUUGCCUUUCUUAUUGUGGAAAAAUUUGUGAGACAUGUAAAAGGAGGACAUGGACACAGUCAUGGACAUGGACAUGCUCAUGGUCACACACAUGGAAAACAGGAUUCUUCAAAAGAGAAGCAGAGCUCAGAGGAAGAAGAAAAGGAAGCAAAAGGACUGAAGAAAAGGAAAGGAGGGAGCACAGGUCCCAAAGAUGGACCUUUGAAACCUCAGAGUUCCGAAGAGGAGAAUACAGGUUCAGAUCUUCGGGUGUCAGGAUACCUGAAUCUGGCUGCUGACUUGGCACACAAUUUCACUGAUGGUCUGGCCAUUGGUGCUUCAUUUCGAGGGGGUCGAGGACUGGGAAUCCUGACUACCAUGACAGUCCUGCUACAUGAAGUACCUCAUGAAGUUGGAGACUUUGCCAUCUUGGUCCAAUCUGGCUGUAGCAAAAAACAGGCGAUGCGUCUGCAACUCUUGACAGCAAUAGGGGCACUGGCAGGCACAGCCUGUGCCCUCCUAACUGAAGGAGGAGCAGUAGGCAGUGAAGUUGCAAGUGGUACAGGUCCUGGCUGGGUUCUACCAUUCACUGCAGGUGGUUUUAUCUAUGUAGCAACAGUGUCUGUGCUACCGGAGUUGUUAAGGGAGGCAUCACCAUUGCAAUCACUUCUGGAGGUGCUGGGACUACUAGGGGGAGUUGUUAUGAUGGUGUUGAUUGCCCACCUUGAGUGAGGGGUGGGAUAAACCAGCCCCAAACCUCUAGCUUCUAGGUCUUCCAGAUGAGGGGUCUGUGCAGGUUGGGGACCCAGGCUAGUUAUACUUGCCUGCCAAGGAAGGACUUUGGUGUAAAGCUCAUCUGGGUUUGACAGUCUUACAGGGAAUGUAGAGGUGAGAAUGAGAUAGCAGCAGGCCCAUAAUGUCAGGCAUGUGCUGACCAUGUUGUUGGGUUUGGGGGAGCUAAAUGGUGCCGUAAUGAAGACUUAAAGAUGGUAGCAAUCUGCUCUAGAUCCCUAGCCCACUUGUUAGAGGACCAAGCUGCCACACAGACUUUUCCAUGGUCUGCCUCCCACCCUCACAUUUGUUGGUAAUGAAUUCAAAGUACUCCAGAGGCCACUACUACAGAGGUGGUAACAAGAGAUAUAAACAUCAAUCGUGUGUCUUGAUUUGGAAGUGAUUUGAAGGGGUGGGUUGGUUACUAAUCUUUUUGUUUGUUUCUAUUCUUUUUAUAUCAUUGUUUGAAUUGAGGGGAGAAAAAGGGGGUGGUGAGGGAAAAUAAAGCCCUUGUAACUUC